UUUUUUUAUCCCUAAAAAAUACAUAAAAGAUGAAGACACUUUCAUUGAUUGUCCUUACUGUUUUCUCUACUUUAUCUUUUGCCCAAAACACCACCUCUAGCACCAGCAGUACUUACCCACCUUCUGGUAAGGUGCCAACCCCCAAGCCCGAAUGGCUUGAAUUGAUCAAGGGCGCCAACAUUACCAAUGCUCCCGUCCUUAAGAGCAAUGGUGAUAAUGGACCUAGUACCAGUGGCGAAGAUAAGUACUGUGACUGGGCCAAAUCUGGAUGUACCGGAUCCAGUAUUUACGAUUGUCCAAAGGGUCAAUGGGGGCUUACCUUUGAUGAUGGACCUUCUACUUUCUCACCUGUGCUCUAUGACUUUUUGAAAACAACAAAUCAGAAGGCAACCUUAUUCAUGAUUGGCGCCAAUGCCGCUCAAUUCCCUGAUCUCGUCAAGCGUGCCUAUCAAGAAGGCCACGAAAUUGCUAUCCACACUUGGUCUCAUCCCUACUUGACUACCUUAACUAACGAACAAGUCGUUGCUGAAUUAAAAUGGACUGAACAAGUCAUCAAGGACAUCAUUGGAGUGUCCCCUAGACUUUUCAGACCUCCUUAUGGUGAUAUUGAUAACCGUGUCAGAGAUAUUGGUACUGCCCUCGGUUUUGAAUCUGUCAUUUGGGACCAUGAUACUAAUGACUGGAUGUUGGCUGAGCACGCUCCAGGUUUCAAGCAAGAAUAUAUUGAUGGUAACUUCUCACAAUGGAUUGCAGAAGCCAGCACUUCCCAAACAGGUGGUCUCUCAUUAGAACAUGAUAUCCAAAAGGUUACUAUCGACAUUGCUAUCAAGAAUUUGCCCGCUCUUCAAAAAGCUUACAAGGUCGUCACUGUCGGUCAAUGUGCUGGUGUUGCUUCCUACAAGGAAUCUAAUGCUACUGUACCUGUGAACACCACGUUAACUAAUACCACUACCGCCACUAAUGCUUCCGCCGCUGCUUCUUCUACCCAAAUUGCCCUGACUUCUGUUGCCACACCUUCUCCUUCAGCUGCAAAUAACGUAGCUGCAGCCAACGCCUCCACUUCCCCCAAGGCCAAUGUUGCUGGCUCCUCGGCUUCUACUGUUACCAUCUCUAGUGUAUUAGUACUAUUAUCUGCCAUCUCUACUCUCUAUUUUGCUUAAUUUAUUUGUAAUCUUUUCUUGUAUUCAAUAUAAUAUAAACGUAUUCUCCCCUCUCUUGUAAUUUAGAAUACUCGAAGGGGACGAUCAUCUCCUUAUUAAAGGGGGAGAUGUUCUUAUAAACAAUGAAAAGCUUUACCUUGCCCCUUAUUUAUGUUGUCCAAUCGCGUGUGUGCGCGUGCAGGCGCGCAAACGCUCUUGUACAAUGUUAGUAACUUUCUAAUAAUCUUUGUGUGC